CCCCUGUAUUUGUGCCUGGGGGUGAGUUUGGCUCAGAUAGAGAUUUUCCUCUAUUUUUCAUUUUCUAUAUGAAGGAUAUAUGGGCUUUUAACCCUUUCAGGAAAUAUGAUUGUUGCUAGAUUGUCACAGUUGAGCACAUGGGAAGACUGACACACAGAACAAUAACCUGAUAUACAGGAAUUAAAGCAGUUACACAAGAUGGUUAAUUAUACGAGCCCAAAAGUUUCUCCUCUUCCUCCUCCUCCUCCUCCUCCACAAUCUGACAGCAGCACCAGCAGCAUCUUUGUACCUCUUGCCUGAGCCCAGAUACGAAGCAUGGAAGUCCUCUCUGCCCUCAUCUUGUACCUCAUCUUCCUGCUCACCCUCCUCUUCCUCUCCUCUCUCUGGAAACAACAGAGGAAAGCCCUCCUCCUGCCGCCAGGACCAACCCCAAUUCCACUUUUGGGCACCCCCAGUUAUAUAACCAUAGACAGUGCCUGCAAGUACCCCAAGUUACAGAAGAAAUAUGGUGAUAUGUUCACUGUUUGGCUGCUGAGUGACCCCGUUGUGGUUCUGUGUGGGUACGACGUGGUGAAAGACGCUCUGAUAAACCACGCGGAGGAGUUCAGUGGACGCCCAGUUCAGCCAUUGGCCGAUAAACAUGCGCAAGGAUACAAUUUUGAAAGUUCCAACACCCACUGGCGUUACUUCCGGAGAUUCAUAUUGACAACACUGAGAAACAUUGGUUUGGGGAAGAAACCCCUAGAGGAAAGGUGUUUAAUGGAGGCCAAGCAACUCAUUGAGGCUGUGUCUGAAACAGAAGGAAAGCCUUUCAACCCCAUCCAGCUCCUGGCUUGUGCCGUGUUCAACUUCAUCAAUGGUGUUUUAUUUGGGCAGCAGUUGGAUUACAGUGACAAGAAACUGCAGGAGUUUAUAUUACACACAAGGAAACACGUCGACAAUGUGCUGAACAAAACCUCCCAGGUCUGUGUCAUGUUCCCGGUGUUCCUGAAGAUUCCAUUCCUCUGGAAGAUCCUCUGCAGGGGGACCUUGCGGCUACACUUGUUUGUCAAGGAGCAGAUUGAUUUUCACAAGCAGACCCUGGAUGCCAACUCUCCAAGGGAUUUUGUUGACUUCUUCCUCCUGAAGAUAAAAGAGGAGGAGGACAACCCAGACUCAAUUUUCUGUGACGUGAGUCUCAUGAUGAACAUCACUGGCCUGUUGGCUGCAGCGACUGACAGCACUUCUUGCACCCUAAAGUACUGCCUGUUACUGAUAGCCCAAUUUCCAGAUAUUCAGGCAAAGGUGCAGCAAGAGAUCGAUGAUGUGACGGGGUCCCAGCGGCUUCCGCAGAUAAGUGACCGCCCCCGCAUGCCUUACACCAAUGCCGUGAUUCAUGAACUGCAGAGGCACUUAGAUAUUGCACCAGUUGCUUUCUAUCAUGCACUUACAAAAGACAUUGAAUUCCGUGGAUAUACCCUCCCCAAGGGCACCCGAAUCAUUCCGUACCUCUCCUCAGUGCUGUUCGACCCGACCCAGUGGGAAACCCCGGAGGAGUUCAACCCGGAGCAUUUUCUGGAUGAGAAGGGGCAGUUCAGGACAAAGCCAGCUUUCAUGGUCUUUUCGGCAGGGAAGCGUGAGUGCCUUGGGGUGAAUUUGGCCCGUAUGGAGAUCUUUAUCCUGAUCUCUGCUCUGCUCCAGAAAUUCACUUUCUCUGCAGUCUCUGGGGAAAAACUGGAGCUGAGAUGUUCCAAGAACGUCAAGAUGGACUUUAUUAUAUCAUCUGAGAUCUGUGCAGUCCCUCGCUCCUCUAACAAUGACUGACCAAACAAAUAAAUCAGGGGGUUAUAUGAUGAUGUCCUACAGAGAAGAUCUGAGAAGCUCCAAUAGACUGGUAAAAACUAACUGCUGAUUGGUUACUGGAGCCAAUGAGCUGAAUUGUCUCUUCUUGUAGAAAUUCUAAAUAGCACAAACAUGGACUUUGCACAUUCCCUAAUUCUUAUUCAAUGAACUGUUAUUGGUGCUUUAGUUGAACGAUGCACUUCUUUUUAUAUUUCUGCAUUGUUCAACUGUUGCUCUCCAUAUUAAACUUUGGUUACACUACAAAUCCCAUCAUGCCCAGUCAUUUU